GUUCUGAGCUCUGACAGCUGAGCCAGGAAGUUGGAGCCCUAGACGAUCGGAAUUGCAGAGCACACAGCAGAAAAUUGGGAAAAACUGGAAAGGCCGCUCAUAGCUAUGCAAAUUCCGAUUAGAAUUCGUCAGUAAUUGAUAAUUGAGGACUUGAGCGCAUGGAUUUCUCAAAAAUGGCAUUACGGAUGGGAUGCUACUCGCUUUUCUGCUUGCUCCUUUUUGUUCAUGACAUCGGAGCUUUCGGCAGUGACUGCGAAGUUGAAAUUACUGACAAUAGCCCUGCAGUAGUGGGCGCUACCAUAUCAUUUAGAGCAGAGCUGAGGUGCUCCAGAGUGCGGAAUUCAGAUACGAAAUACAAGUUUAUUUUCAAGGACAAUGGAAUUGACGAUGACCAUUUCAUUGAGUCCCCUCCGGAUACAAACACCGUGCGUUAUUUCAACGUCACGUACGAUAGAGAGAAAUAUGCGCCUGGAGAGUACAUUGCACAGGUGGUGGUUCAAAAGGAGUUCAUCAUUUGGUAUGAUAUAACCAGCAGUAGGAAAUAUUUCAACAUUACAUCUAAUCUGAACACUAAGAUGCAAGUACUUCAAGACAACAUUGUCGUCUUCUCUAAAUACUUGAAAAACACCACCAUGGCGCAUCACCGGCUAGUUUUUUCUGAACCAGACACACAGUUUUUGGCCAAGAAUGCUACCGAGGUCAUGACUUACUGGUUUGUUGACUGCGUUUUUUACGGCCGAUCGAGGAACAACACUUUUGCGUUUGAAUACUCUGGACCAGACAGAGAGCACCAUGUCGAGGCUUAUGUGGUCGCGUCGUUUGAUCCCCUUCCAACGCCAGCUCCUCCAACCACAACCAGUACCACAACAACCACUACUACAACCACAACCACCACAACUUCAACAACCACAACAACAACAACCACUCCUUCUACAACAACUACUCAAAAAACAACACCUGCCACCACAACUACUACAAAACCACCAGCAACCACUGCCUCAACCACGACCGCGAAACCAGCUGAAGCCCAUGAAAAAUUUUCAUUUCCAAUUAUUGAUUUAGACACAUACGUGCCCACAAUUUGCCUAAACGAUUCAGUUCUACCCCCAGAUCCAAAGAAGAUUGUUGGUUAUGCACACAAGCUACUUGAAAGCAAUGCUCCGGUGGUAAAUGUGACCAUUGAUGGGAAUUACUGGAUCAAAGAAGGAGACGUCUUGAAUUUGAGUGUGAAAUGCACUGGUUCGCCACCAUUCAAUCACUGUCUCCUGUAUCAUCCAGGUGCCUAUAACGUCACUGGCAACGAAACGUGCACCUUAUCGGAGGUUACUGAGAAGUGUGAAUUUCCGAUAAUGAGAUACUUCUACAAGCAAAAAACUGUCACCACCAUCAUAGUCAUCGAAAACAAUGUUGCCAAGGCUGUUCACCCCGUUACGAUUAAUAUUUAUGAAGUUAAAAAGCAGCCUCAGCUCUCUGUCAUCAUUGUCCCAGUUUCGUUUAUAAUCUUGGCAAUGAUCAUUGUUGUAUUUGGUGUGGCUCUCUUCAUCCAAAAUCGCAGAAGAUUUAAUGUUGAAGUGGCAGAUUUUGACUUUGCUCAGAGCAGCGAGCAGUUGCAAUACAAGUCAUUUCUGGGACGACUACGAGAAGCUUUCAUGGACUCAAUCCAUCCAAACCGCGAGCAUCGCGACCCUCUGAUCGAGCCUGCCCCUGGCAGAAGCAGGCCAAUUUGGCGUAGGAGCGAGAGUGGCUCUGAAGUCGCUGGGGAUGAAUUGGUUGAUUAAUUUUGCGCCUGUGGUCUGUAAGAAACGACUCUGUGAUGGAAGGAAAAGAAUUUGUAAAAGUUGCAUGAGGCGGAGACUGGGAGAGCAGAGCUAUUGUCAUAUAAUUAUCUCGACUAAUGUUUAUAUAUGAUUAAGUUCAUUGUUUAUUUUGACUGAUUUUUGUAAAGAGAAUGCAUCUUAGGCGAAUAUUGAAUUAUGCAAUGCUGUACUACUACUUUAAAGAGACUGUUUGAAUUUUAGGUGUAUAUCAAAGUUUUACGUACAUUUUGAUUGUGAUAAAAACAUUUUGAGCACUCCUUGGUUGGAAAUUCUUAAGGUUUAAAUGUAAUGUCGUAUAUAAUGUUUUACAGUAAAUAAACCUAAAUGUAACAUAGGAAACUAAAGUGUAAAGCUAAAGUUAAUAAACGUGCAGACAUUACUCAAAUCAAGAUGCAUGUUGUAGCCAAA